UAUAAGAGAAUGCUUGAAUUAUGCUUCAAUAACUUCUAUCGGCAGUAUGAUCAGUAUACCACGGCAUUCUCUACGCAUCCUUAAUGUAUCGUCCCUAUUUUUGAAAACCCAUCUUUUUUUCUGCAGCCAACAUCCUGUGUUCGUACGUUUUGUAUUUCUUGCGCUAAAAGCUGACCUUCCCUUGAUUAUUGGUUGCCAUGUGGUGGUAAACACACUGGUUUAAACAGUUUGUUGGUAGGUCUUUUUGUGCGGGGAAAAGCUCUCGCGCCGGAGUCGCGCGUAGUCAAUACUCACAGCGCGAGAUACGCUCGAGCGUAGCCAUUUCAUUAUUUUAAUAGAAAAUAUUAAUAAAGGAUGAAUUGCAGCGGGUGCUUGAUGGAGGAGGAUUCGAGCCGCCGAUUAUUAUUUUCGUCAACCAGAAGAAGGGCGCCGAUGUGCUGGCCAAGGGCCUGGAGAAGCUCAACUACUCGGCCACCACCCUGCACGGCGGGAAAUGGCAGGAGCAGCGUGAGUUCGCCCUGUCCUCGCUGAAGAACGGGAGCAAGGACAUUUUAGUGGCGACGGACGUGGCCGGGCGCGGCAUCGACAUCCAGGAAGUGUCCCUGGUGAUUAACUACGACAGCUGUAUAAGCAAUUGCAGUUGAGUUCGAAUUAGAAGAAAAAAGCGGUGGCGUAAUAAAUGACGAGCGAAAAAAAUAGCACCGUGUAAACGAGGUCGGUUCACGGGAGCGAUGUGUUCCCGUUUUCCUGGAGCGGCACGUCCCAAACGCUUUUGCAGCUUGAACAGCCUUGAAGUGUCUUUUGGGCUGAAAUACAGAGUAUUGGUAUUUUUGCGGUUAGUCUGUGGUUGGCAAAGCUAAUUAUUUUUCCAUCUCACACCCCUCCCGCCAACAGCAUAAAGGAACUGUUCAUCGUGACUUCCACAAACGUUAAUCACUGCAGCCCCGCUUCGUGCACAGCCGUAUUGUAAGACCUUGUGGAAAGCAGAGUGGGCAAACCAAUUUCUCACAUGUUUGCCAACGGGAAAACCCUGUUGCAGCAGCAUAAUUAUCUAACUGGAAUGGUUUUAUGAUGCAUGCGCAAUUACGAAGCGAACCCCACAAAAUAAAAAAUAAGCAAACACCGGUUGCGAGUCUAAAAUUCCUUUUGGUUAUGAUCGGUCAUCGUGACCUGUUAAGCGGAAUCAAGACGUGAUCGUCCAUCCACUCCUCCCGUGAAGUAUAGCUAAUUGUCCUGUGGAAAAACGGGGGACUGGCAUUUCCGGUAACGGAUGAGCAGUCGCUCCUAGCAGCUCAACGAGGAAGUGCCGCGUAAUGCACGGCAAUUUGUCCAGAUGAGACCUUGCAGGCCGUCCACGCAGGCCCGCACCACUGCUUCCCGCGGUAAUACGAAGACGGUCGCGGAUCGGCCGACUGCAGCGCGCGCACAACAUCUGUAAAGAUAACUGAAGCGCCGGAAAACGGAAUUGGGAUACCGGAAAACGGCGCACUGAGGCCCAAUAGUUAACAGAAAUGUACACUACCUUGCAAAUGCCUAUCUUCAAUUUUUGCUCUGCAUCCGCAUUCCACUUCAAACGGGAGUUCAUGCGGCUUCUGGGUUCUCGGUAAGUUUGGAAGCCUGGCGUUAUUGAAUUUUGUUGGUGCACGCUUUUAGCUGUCACUAGUCCACCUAGAGUAGUUUGUCGGGAAACAUUAUGCAUAUGUAUUAUACAUUAUAGAUAUGAACAUUAUGUACAUUAUACAUACCAUUGUCUGCAUAAUGUACAUAAUACGAGUAUGUAUGUAUAUGUAUGUACAGUACUCGACUACUGUAUAUGUAUGCUACCACGACUACUGUCGUUAACACUACCGUCGUAUCUCGUAACAGUCCAUGAAUUCAAGCCUGACCUCUCCAAUACACAUUUGCCGAGCGCGGAGCGCGAAGCUUACCUUGUAUGUAUGUACUCGUAUGAACUUAUGUAUGUAUGCAUGUACAUACAUACAUUGUAUGUAUGUUUAUACAUCGUAUACACAUCCUGAAAUCUAAUGAACUCAUCAUCAUUUUUAUGUGGGCAAGCCGUUGUGUUGCUUUCCGUUUCGGCCAGGAGAACUCUGAUAAAUCCCGUUUAAACAUUGGAUUUUGUUUUACGCCAGUAUACGUUUGAAAAAAAGUGGUUUAGAAUGGGGGAUGUUCCUUCGGCCGGCUCUUUAUCCAAUCUUAAGGGAAGUGGGCCGGUACAUGGUACCAAAUUCGUGUACAUGCACGAAAACUUACACUUUCGCGCACUCCCAAACACGUUUCAUUUUAAUUCAUUUUAAAAUUCAUUUUAAAAUUUGAAAAGCAAGCUAGAACAGUAGGUCGGUGUAAAAACGUUCUUUGUGGUUAUAUGCAAUUACGUGCAAAAUUUGAGGAAGAUCGGUCCGUAAUGAGACUUUUGGUACACCUGAAUGCAUUUAAGCUUUUGGGAAUUUUCUAACAGCCAUAACUCCCGAACCUGAUGCUGCGCGCACAAACGGUUUUAACGCCAGUGUAUACAAGUCUUCUGGCUACAGAAUGUCAUAAAUUGAAACAAAAAUGUGUUUGGGUGUGCGCGAAAGUUAAAAUUUUUGCGCAUGUACACGAAUGUGGCACCAUCUACCGGGCCACUUUCCUUAAUUCUAUUGAGAAGGUGAUAUGGGUUAUCAUCUAUGGCAGUAUGUAAUGCAUUCAUGGUUGGUAUCCAAAGUGUUUUUCUAAGAAGAGAGCUAGAAGCUGAUGUUUUCAACAAACAUACAGCAUCUUCGCACCGCUUCAUCUGGGCGGUUAUCCAACGCAAUAGCACGUCACUUCUCUGACCUUCGUUUUGCUUCCUGACAUCUGUUAGAAGGUUUUGUUUCUUUUCGGUAUUAGCCAUGUACGAGAAAGUAUUCCAUACAGUACAUGAGAGAGAUAUAAUACAUGCUAAAAGUCGGACAUUCCCUACAUUUAACCUGAACUUGGACUCCUUAACUUGGACUUCUCAACGUGGUCACCUUAGGUUUCUCAUGUUUCCUUAGGUUUUCUUAUACUUUGGCCUACUUUGUUCGCGGCGUUGCGUGCGCUUCACCUUGCAGUUGACCUUUCAUCGUUUUGGCUGGCUGCUGUCCCGGUGAAUGAUGGUGGGUUGACCUUACAGCUUUUAUGCUCAGAAAAAGAAGACUUCCCCAUGAAAAGUGUUGGCACACACAAUAAGCAAAUCGGCAUUUUCCGAACGCAGCUUUCCUGGUCAUUUCAAUUAACGAAAUCGCGAACUGAUUCGCUGUUGUGCGUAUUGCACGAAAUGUCCCAAGCUCUUCACCCCGACACAGUCUGCCCUGUGAUCUGUCUCGACGAACGAAUUUUACAAAGUAGAACCAGGAGAGAACUGUGUGGAUUGUAUAAAUGGUUAAUAAUUAAAGAAGCCGCAUAAAUCCAACAGGAAGCAUAAUGUAUCACCGAGAAAAACGUGAUACCAAAGGUCACGAAGCGAGAUAAAGGUACCGAAGGGAAGUCGUCACCGUUAUUUUAAAAUUUCACUCACAUAUUGCUGCUGUUUAUCUGGUUAGGACUCGAACAGUCCCGCCAAGCCAAGUUCGGACAGUCACAUACAGUAAAUUCAAAAAUAAUUUUGUAUGUCCUUAUGCUUUUCUUUCGACGCUUAUCUAGCGUAACUUUUUAGUGCGAAUUCUAGCGCAUUUUUGUGGGAAUACCGACCGAAUCAAAUCGCUGCAUCACUUUUUUUUCCAAUUUUUAAUCACUUUUAUCGAGUCAGUUUUUUUUAUUAUUUUGUGCUUGGAGUUUGCUACGUCCGACAUACUCUUCCGCUGUCAUUUGCUACUCUGUGUCGGCUUCUGGAUCCUGAAAGGGGAGGCAACAGUUUUCAAAAAGAGCGAGACAAACAUUAAAAGUCGCCGUUUGGUUUUUUAUUUGGCUUUUCUGGAUUAUCUUCGUGCUUAGGUGGAUUUACUAUUGGAACCGGAACAGCUGACUUCUGGCUUCGCUUCCGUCUUCUGUGCCAGCCUGGAGCGGUGCAUUUCCUUAGUUAUUAUGUGCUCCACAAAGCAAUCCUGAUCAGUACCUAGUAUGUUGCUUCGUAUUUUGAUGAAUACAUGUUUUCUUGUACGGAUAUACACCUGAAGCAUCCAUAAUUAGGUUCGUCUGUAAUCAAGUUCGAGCAGAUUGGACGUAUCUCCUGCUGUAUCGCAAUCACAAUAAUUUGAUCAACGACGACAAUUAUUCAAAACGAUAAAAAAACUGAAGCGGCAGUGCUGAAACGGUAAACCGGUUUUACGAAAUAUUUAUUAGAGAAAAAAUCCAAUCCAAUAACCAGACUUUUAGUACACAACAAUGCGUUUAAACUUUUCGCAGUUUUACUUCGCCAUGUCUCGGCAACCAGAAGUUGCGCGCGCAAACGGUUUUCAGAACAAUGUAUACAAAUCAUUUAGCUUUAGAAUGACAAAGUAUUACAAAAAGUGAUUCGGAGUGCGCGAAAGCCAAAGCUUUAGUGUAUGCGUCCCAUGAUGGACACCAUGUACGUUAAUGGCGCGUAAUAGGGACAAUAUUGGCCUUAAUUGUCAUUUCUGCAAUUUGUUGACAUUUGAGUAAAUCAUCGCGGAAGCCCGGGGUGCAGCCAUGUACACAGUUUCCGAUCAACAUAGCGUUCGAAUAACAAGACUAACGGUUGGCAAUCAUCAUCACACUGAGAUUCGGGGAAACAACGCGCUCCAGACCGAGCGAUGCCGGGAAUGGUAAGUUAAUCGCAUAAGAAAGCCGGAUCGGUAGAAAAAGUGUCCUUUCCGCAGCCCACUUUUUCUACCGUCUGAGUCAUUUUGUAAUUACACCGUGCGAUGUGCCGGAAGUGAUACAACGCGCACCUUUGCGUGGAAAACAAUCCGAUUCUCUGGAUCACGGUAGAGUAGAAGCCGGUCCGGAUGAUGAGCGCAAAUAAUUCAGCGAAAAAUAUCGAUUCACGGAUUAUGCCAAACUGCGCACUCCGGCGCGCCACGCCACAAUGUUUAUGCGGUACAUGUAUUUGAGAUGGUUGGUGAGAGCCAUGGUUGGUGAAAGUGAAAGCCAAAUAUUAAAGUAAAAACAAUUCUUGGAGGUUUUUUUUAAGUGAAACAUGCACUCAUAAAAAUAAGAAACUAUAAUUUUAAUAUUGCAGAUUCAUCAUUGUGAAUAUUGUAGUGUAAUGGCCAUCGUCCUAAUCGUGUUACACCGGUAUACGCAUAACGGUCAUUUGAAAGGCGACCAUGUUUAUGAGCUUUAUUGCUAUACGAGUACUUGUGUUUGUGCAUGAUGCGUUUAUUAUAACUUGUUUAGCUGCGUAAGUGUGCAUGGAUUAGCACGUUAUGGCUUUGGCCAUAACAUUUGAGAGUCUAAGGGAUUGUGCUCAUGUUUUAUUGUCAUCGUGAGUCACCGAACUUUCUCGAAUCGUUGCUACACAGUUGCACUGAGACAUAAGGUGUUGCUCUGCUGUGUAUGAUAACAAAUAUUCCAGCGAUCGGUCGACCAUUUCCUCUUGCUUUCCAUCUCAUUAUUAUUCCUGCAUGUUGUGUGAUUAAAAUUAUAGUUAAGAACUCUACUUUCGCUUUCCGUCAGCACAGUACGAGUAUAUUACGCAGUUAUAUACGGCACUAGCCCCCUUCAAGUACUAACAGCGCGCUCAGUAUGCAUACAAAUUUAUUUGUAACAGCCACUCAAUUACCAAAGGUCGCAGGACCGAAAACUCCCAGCGUUUCCAUUACUAAAGGCUAAAAAUGUUGUCCGUUUUCCAGAAACGAAUACUUCCCACGUGGUGAACUUUCGGCAAGCUGCGGCUACGCUGCCCGGCUGCCGCCUUUUUAGAGCGCGCAGUGACGUUUGCAUUAGCUGUACCUCGACAUGUUUAUUAUUCCGGACCGGCUUGUACAUUCCGUUGCGGCUGCCUAGGUAUCUCGUAAUACGGCCGAUGCUUAUGCAAGAUGUUGGGAGAAAUUAAUAAAUAACCAUCCACAAGGAACGCCCACCCGGCUUCCAUCCGGCAAUAUGUACAACCAGGAACAGAAGGAAUAUCACCGUGAACACGUUAUCGAUUGCACUCACCGCUAACCGGCUCCACUCGUUCCUCGUCAAACAGUGUGAAUCUGGACAGUUUUACGGAUAGGUUUGUUAACUAUAGCAUACACCAGUGCUAUCCUUCGCAAUUCCGGCGGAUUUUCUAAGCGUUGCUUGCUGAACGGAUCGGCGAACCGGCCAAUUAGACCACAACAUGGCUAUAACGGACACGCGCAGCGGGCUCCAGGAGCUGAGGGGAGUGGGAUUUGUCCUGGCUGUGUUGGGAUUUGUCAUCUUCGGCCUGACCGUACCAUUGAACUUCAUGCUGCCGUAUAUGGAGUAUGCCGUCCUCCAUGGCUUCAACUACUGCAUGGGUCUACUCUUAAUGUACGUCGGCUACUUAGCCGUGGCCACCGCCCGUAAGAUCGCCGCGCACUGGGACACGAUCCAGUCGCCAUGCCAGCUGCGCCGUCUGAUUGUGUCCAUGCUCGUGUCCGUGGCCCUGAUUAUGCUGGGAUUCGGGGAGAUGUACAAGUACAGCACGGAAGUCGGCGGGGUGCUCAACCAGGUGAUGGGACAGAUCCGCCGGAAGGAGUGGGGCGACCUCAGUCCCACAGACGGCCAGAUCAGCGGGCUGGAGGCGAUGUACACCAUCGGGCAUCUGUGCUUCAUGGCGACCCGGCUGGCGUUGGGCUUCGGGGUCGUCCUCAGCACGGUCGUUUGGAUUAACGGCGCACAGCACGCCGUCGCCGCCACGGCCGAGGCACCCAACGCUGGUCAGCGCCCAGAGGGUGUGGAGAGGCGCGCAACAACGUCACGGGGGCCGGUUACAUACAACGCCCAGACGGAGCGCGUGCGGAUGCUGCCCGUCGACCCGCCGGCCUACAACGCCAAGUGAUCGAUAUGCAGGAAGAUGUAGGACGACGACCGGCAGCCGCAAUUACAUCGUUUUACUCGCCCGCUUCAUUUUUCUAAAUUUUCAAUUCACAAGAACUAUUUAUACUACAAAGAGUGAUGCAUCACAGAUGAUUCGACAAAUUUUUCGUGACGUUUAUGUUUUAUAUCGAUUGAUUGAGUGAUUGCGAUGGGCUGCGUGUCCAUGAAGGUUCAGGCAGUUAUAUUAAUGGUGCUCACAUUCUUGAUUUACGGCCGUGCAUAAAUAUGUAAUGAUGACCUCUGAUUUUGAGAUU